GAUUAUUAGGGCUUCUUCGUCUCCGUCUCUCACAAAGUUAAAAGCAUACAAAUUUUCUUUCUGUAUCGCAAUUCAUCAAACACCAUGGAGGCGGUGGCGACGGGUUCGGUGGUUCCGGCGAACAGGAGGAGGCCGCCGAUGGAGGAAGAUAGGUUAGUUUUCGAGACAUCGAAAGGUGUUGAACCAAUCACGAGUUUUGCUGAGAUGGGGAUUAAAGAUGACCUUCUUAGAGGGAUUUAUCAGUACGGAUUCGAAAAACCAUCUGCCAUCCAACAACGGGCAGUAUUGCCUAUUAUAUCGGGCCGUGACGUCAUUGCUCAGGCACAAUCUGGUACCGGAAAAACCUCCAUGAUUGCUCUUACCGUUUGUCAAGUUGUGGAUACCAAAAAUUCCGAGGUACAAGCAUUGAUAUUGUCUCCUACACGGGAGCUUGCAGCUCAGACGGAAAAGGUGAUUUUGGCUAUUGGAGAUUACAUUAACAUACAGGCACAUGCAUGUAUUGGAGGCAAAAGCGUGGGUGAAGAUAUCAGAAAGCUAGAACAUGGAGUACAAGUAGUUUCUGGAACUCCUGGAAGAGUCUGUGACAUGAUUAAAAGGAGAACUUUACGAACUAGGGCCAUAAAAUUAUUGGUUCUUGAUGAAUCUGAUGAGAUGUUGAGCCGUGGUUUUAAGGAUCAGAUAUAUGAUGUUUACAGAUAUCUUCCACCAGAACUUCAGGUUGUACUGAUUUCUGCCACUCUUCCAAAUGAAAUUCUGGAGAUAACAAGCAAAUUUAUGACAGAUCCUGUUCGGAUUCUUGUAAAACGUGAUGAAUUGACUCUAGAGGGCAUCAAACAGUUCUUUGUAGCGGUGGAGAGAGAAGAGUGGAAAUUUGAUACACUUUGUGAUCUUUAUGACACACUCACCAUCACCCAGGCUGUUAUUUUCUGCAACACAAAACGAAAGGUUGAUUGGCUAACUAACAAGAUGCGCGAGAAUAAUUUUACAGUCUCAUCUAUGCAUGGAGAUAUGCCACAGAAGGAGAGAGAUGCUAUUAUGGCUGAGUUCCGAGGUGGCACGACUCGUGUUCUAAUCACAACAGAUGUUUGGGCUAGGGGACUGGAUGUUCAACAGGUGUCUCUGGUGAUCAAUUAUGACCUUCCAAACAAUAGAGAGCUCUACAUUCAUCGCAUUGGUCGCUCUGGUCGUUUUGGUCGGAAGGGUGUUGCUAUAAAUUUUGUGAAGACUGAUGAUAUUAAAAUUCUGAGAGACAUAGAGCAAUACUACAGUACCCAGAUUGAUGAAAUGCCAAUGAACGUGGCUGAUUUGAUAUAAAAGACUGGAUUACCUGAUCUUCUGAACAUGGUUGUGUGUGGGUGCAUUGGUUUGCCUUCUGAGCGGUUUGUAUCAAAUGAUUCAAGUUUGUGGUGGCGAGAAAUUAGAAGAUUUUCUAUUUAUUGGUUCUGUGUGACAUAUUAGCUUUCUUUUACUGCAUUUUGUUGCAACGUUUACUCUGGAUGAUCUCUUUCAACGCAGGCUUGAGAAAAUUUGUUACUGACGAGUUUUGCUGAAUUGGACAUGGAUUGCUUUAGCUUUGUCUCUUCAGAUGUACAAUCGUUGUCUGAAACCUUUUUUAGAAGUGAUGACAAUGUGCAUAUUUUUGUUUCUGUUCUA